CGCCGGGGCCGAGCCGAGGGGUCAAGAGGGGCUCGGCGGGGCCGGGGCGGGCGCAGGGCCGCGGCGAGGCCGCUUCCGGGCGGAGGGAUCCGUAUAUAAGGGCGGCGGCGCGGGGCCUGCGCCCUCUUUCGCCGCCCCGGCAGCGAGAUGACCAAGAAGAGGAGGAACAACGGCCGGGCCAAGAAAGGCCGUGGCCAUGUCCAGCCCAUCCGGUGCACCAACUGCGCCCGCUGCGUCCCCAAGGACAAGGCCAUCAAGAAGUUUGUCAUCAGGAACAUCGUCGAGGCCGCGGCAGUCAGGGACAUCUCGGAGGCCAGCGUCUUCGACUCCUACGUCCUGCCCAAGCUGUACGUGAAGCUGCAUUACUGCGUCAGCUGUGCCAUCCACAGCAAGGUGGUGAGGAACCGCUCGCGGGAGGCGCGCAAGGACCGGACCCCCCCGCCCCGCUUCAGGCCGGCGGGCGCAGCCCCACGGCCUCCCCCCAAGCCCAUGUAAGGAGAGUGCAGCUGAAAAGGUCCCCAGGCUGAAAAUGUCCCUGAGUGCAGCCUGAAUAAAGGACUUGACUCCAAA